CUUUCGAUUUUAGAGAUAUAUCUGGGCCCCGAGGAUGCUGUGUCUGCUUAUUACGCAGACGCACAGCUGGUGACUGGAUCCGCGCAGCUGGGAACGUCUGGGUCUGGUUCACACUCAGCCAGAGGGAGACUCCUGGGGUGAAGCCACACCUCCUUCGAGCCUGAUGCAGAUUGGUGAGCUGAAGUGACGAGGCUGACACCCCGCUGCUGGCACCAUGACGUCAAUAGGCAUCCUUUACUGCCCAGAUAAGGAGUGGUUUUUUGAGGCUGUCAUUGAGUGCCUCUGGAACAUAUUGAACAGCGAGGAACUCCUACACCUGCUGACUGAAGUCCUAAAUAGAUUUGAGAAGGAGGAAAAUUUAUCAAGGUCAGACCAACACCCUCGUGUCCACUUCCCCCAGAGGUCAGGACUGACACCACGUGACCCUGAGGCCCAUCACGCAUCAGCCUGGCCGAUUGUCAGCGGCCAGGGGCCCAGGGGAGAGUCAGCUGCACUACGCGAAUACCUGGAUGACCUGAAGACACUCUUGGCCCUCAAGAACAAAUACAGCCUGCUAAAGGAGCAGCUGAAUAGGAAGAGGUUUUUAAAGAAGUUUCCUCAGGUGAAACGAGGGCUUGAGGAAACAAUAGAAAAGCUCCGUGCACUUGCAGACAAGGUGGACAAGGUUCACAGGGACUGCACCAUCGCCCAGGUGGCAGCCGCAUCUGCUGGUGCUGUGUCUGGCAUCCUGACCAUUGCUGGCGUGAUUCUGGCCCCUGUGACAGCGGGGGUCAGUCUGGCACUCUCGGCAACUGGGUUAGGGCUGGGGGCUGCAGCUGCCCUGACCGGUGUGGCCAGCACUGUCGUGGAACAUGUUGUCACGUCAUCAGCAGAAACUGAAGCCAAUGACCUAAUGUCAACUGCCAUCAACAGAUGGAAAAUCGUCAAGGAGGUUCUACUGCAGCGCCAGUCCCAAAUUGUUUCUGCAGCAGAGACACUCAGAGAAGCUGUGCUACAGAUUGAAAAGAAUAUCCGUGCCAUCGAGCUGCUCAGAGCCAACCCUGGCUUAGCAGCAGAUGUGCAGCGCUUCCUGACCACUGGGCAACUCUCAGUCCAAAGCGGCAGGCAGGUGCAGGAAGUUCUUAAAGGCACAGCUCUGGCAAUGAGCACAGGAGCCCGGGUCAUUGGUAUGGCCGCUGCAGGUGUCUCCCUUCUGCUGAAUGUGGGCUUCCUUGUGAAAGAGUCACUGCACUUGCAUGAGGGGGCAAAGACGGAGUCAGCUGAACGGCUAAGACAGCAGGCCCUGGAGCUGGAGAGAAGGUUGGAGGAGCUCACUCAGACCUACGAGAGUCUGCUGUAGGGUCCGAGUCUCCCUCAGUCCCCCGACCCAGAGCAGUGCAGGGAGCAGAGGCAUGUGAGUGGCCAACAUGCAGAGGUAGCUUUUAAGAGGG